GACUGUCAUCAUCCCUUCCUCCUUCCCCACGCGUACACACACUCCCGCGGCAGCCACCAUCCCGGAGCUCGAGACCAGCGGCACCAGGCCAGGAGGGUGACGGCCCGGCGACUCAGUCGAGCGCCACUCCCAUGGCGGACAAGAUCUCCACGAUCGUCCUCAAGGUUGACCUUGAAUGCGAGAGAUGCUACAGGAAGAUCAGAAAAGUCCUCUGCAAGAUCCAAGACAAGAUGAACAUCAAGACGAUCUCGUUCGACGAGAAGAGCAAUGCCGUGACCAUCUCCGGGCCGUUCGACGCCGACACGGUCUGCAACAAGCUCUGCUGCAAGGCCGGCCGGGUCAUCAAGGCGAUGGACGUCAAGGGCAAGGACAAGGACGGCGGCAAGGCCGGGAAGGAGGGCGGCGGCGACAAGCCCAAGGACGCCGGCAAACCGGCGGCGGCCGAGAAGGACGCAGGCAAGGCCGGGAAGGAGGGCGGCGCCAAGGCGGAGAAGAAGGAGGAGAAGGCCGAGAAGAAGAAGGAGGAGAAGGCCGAUAAGAAGGAGGGGGGCAAGGGCGACAAGGAGGCGAAGCCGGCGGAGAAGGGCAACAAGGACGGGAAGGCGGAGGCCAAGAAGGUGAAGUUCGCCGAGGUCCCCGCGGCGGACGCGAAGCCCGGCAAGGCCAUGCCGCCCGGCAUGACCAAGGCCGACCUGGGCCCGCUCCUGGAGAAGAUGAUGGCGGCCAAGGCCGGGUCCGAGCCGCAGCCGAUCGCGCCGCCGCCGGGCGCCGCGCAGGGCGUGGCCGUGCCGUCCGUCUGGCCCGCGCCCGCCGGGUCCGUGUCCGGCUACGGCUACGGCUACAACCCAGGCUACGAGGCGCCGCCGCCGCCGUCCUACUACGCCGCUGGCGCCGGGGGCGGCUACGGCUGCGGCUGCGGCGGCUACAACGGCUACUGCCGGUGCGGCAAGCCGGCCGCGCCCGGGCCCGGCGGGUACUACGGCGUGCCGGUGUACGAUAGCCAGGGGUGGUACUACGGCGGUGGCGGCGGCGCCCGGCAGCCGUACUACCCGCAGCAGCACUGCUGCGAGGACCCCAAUGCCGGGUGCAGCGUCAUGUGAUGGCGAUGCGCGCCAGCCCGUGGAUUGGAUGGACAGACAGAGCAAUCAGUGUGUGGUCACAGUCACACAGCCAUAGUGCCAUGGCCAGUGCCGGAGUCGGGGAGAAAGGAACUUCUGUUUUUUUCCCGCGUGUCGUCUUGUUCUUGUUUAUGCCC